GGAGUCAGAUAAUUCGUUAGCAGCCAAGCGAACAAUUAGCAAAGCAGAGGAUUAAACGGUCUAUCCGACAAGGUUGACUUUUCCAAGUUUUCCGAGCAUCCUCAGAAGCUAGCAGCAAUCAUGUGCCGUCUUCCAAACUAUCCGUCAAAUGAUGACUCUUCAUUCACUAGUUGUGCGUCCAGUGCUUCUUCAGAGCAGUCAAUUUGUACUGGUAUUGGUCAGUCGCAGGGAAGUUCAGGAGAUCUCCUAGUCUUCGCCAAGGAUGGUUUCGUCAAGCGACCAACUAACGCGUUCAUGCUGUGGGCGAAAGGCGAGAGACCUCGUAUCUUCGCCAGCCUGCGAGGCGAUCAGCACCUGAGUAACAGUGAUGUGAGCAAGAUCCUGGGCAAGACGUGGCGCGAGAUGUCCACCGAAGAAAAGGCUCCCUUUCAUAGGCAAGCCUCUCGCGCUUGCCAGCAGUAUCGCUUUGUCAACCCGAAGCAGAAGAGAAAGCAGCGUCCACCCAAGACACGUGUUAGCGCUCAGCUCACUGCUCGCAUUCGCCAGUCGGUAGCAGCCAUUGCUAAUCAUAGAGAUCAGGCAGGACCUACAACUCCCGUCGCGACACAAAGCCCGGAACAGCUGCCUACGAUCAGCCAGGAAGUGGCCACUACAACCACGCAUCAACAGCAGCAGCUGCAGCUGGAGUACCACCAGCAGCAGCAACAGCAGCAGCAGCAGCAACAACAGCACCAGCAACAGCAGCAACAGUACCACCAGCAGCAACAGCAGCAACAGUACCACCAGCAACACCAGCAACACCAGCAACACCAGCAACAGCAGCAGCAGCAGCAGCGUACAGGAUUGGGGUCGCAGGACUUCGGAACGCCCAUAUCAGCACCUCAAAUACGUAAUCCACAGCCUGCUCUGUGCUCACUGACAGAUCCACUUCGUACUGAGAUCAGGGCUCUGCAUGCGCGUCUGACUAACGAGAAGCCGCAACAGGACGCACCCUGGAGCACGACGAACUAUUCUGUUUGUCCGCCAUCACAGACACAAGUAGGACGAGCGCAACAGAUUUACACUCUGCCUAUGAUGAUGCAGACUGUUGGUGUUGGGAGUAACCAUGGUAACGCCAGUCCUGCAGUCACUCGUCCCAGAACGAGCACAGCAACCGCUUCUUUCAACCAGACCGCAUCCAUGGAGUAUCUGAACGGCGCAGCGGCUCGAGGCGUACAGCAGCCUCUCACUACCGUCACCAACACAGCAUACCAACAACCCGCGAUUUCGACAGCUCCCAUUGCAUCUCAACCUCCUGCCUCGCUAUGCAAUACGUCGGCUGGCCUGAGCGACUUUGCCGCACCCUGCUCCCUCCCGUUGGCAAGGAGUAUCAGCAACUUUUCAACGUGUUGCAGUCCAGCAAGGUCGGACAGCGUGCACUCGCUAUCACACUUCGGGCCGGGGUAUCUCCAAGACACAUCAUCAACAGCAGCAGCAGUAGAAGCAGAAGUAGACGCUGCAGCAGCAGCUGCGUGGAACUUGGAGGAGCCCAUAUUGACUGUGAACAACUCCACCACCACGACGGGCGGCUUUCCCAAGAUAGGCCAGCACGGCACGAUAGCAUCCCUACUUGCGCCUUCCCCCGCCACGCAGAGCUCCUGGACCAUGUGGCCACAAUGCCCCGCUUAACACACUACCCGUAUGCUGUACUUGACUAAGGACAACACUAUAACACAACACAAAUUUCCGAAUCUUAUUGCUAUUUCGACACUCCGUCAUUGAUGACCCACAGUAUUAUACACUUAUAUAUCGUAGUUCUAAUCUAUAAGUUCAACUUCCAUACGAACUAUGUGUGUGCCGGGAUAUUCAAUUUAUUAUUAGCCAUUGGAACCUGAUCAUCCGAUGUAUCUUGGGAUCUCACUUGCACAUUUACUCUAACAAUGAGCUCUUUGGAAAUUUACUCUGUCAUAUACCCUUUUUCUAAAUGAUACAAAGGGAAAGAUUUAUGAUCCAAUCCUGAA